AUGGACACUCUAGUCAUUGGUCAUCGUAGGAAUCACAAUCAGUGUUACGGUAGAAAUCGCGGUGGUUAUGGUUCGACGAAAUUCGGGCCUUUUGGCUCUCCUCCCUUGGGCAAUUUCCGGGGUAUUAAUUGUCGAACUUUUCAGUCAGAGGAAGGUUUACUUCCAACCCCAUCAAAAGCCCGCACCACGAAAACACCUGUUACUGAAAAGGCAUUUCCCACCUCGUUUUCGCCCGGUACCCCAUCCCCAUAUCAGUAUGGAAGCCAUAAACCCUCGAAAGGAAUUGUGAAAAGUAGAACGGUUGAUAUUCCAAUUAAGUUCAAGCUCGAGAGCAGUGAAGGGGAGUAUGUUUUUUCAGAGCGUUGGGCUGGCCCUGCCUAUUCGAACUCGCCUCCCCCGAGUUCUCUGCCCAUCCCCAAAUUUUCACUGAGGCCCAAAAGAACUGUAUCACUCGACCUUCCAAAGGCAGCUUCAGAGGUUAAUUUCCACCCCAUUGCCAAGUCAGCUCCUGCUUCCCCAACAAGGGAACGCAGCCCCUCUCCGAGUGGUCCUUUUGGUUUUUCGGAUUCCGGGACUGAGACGAGCCUUUCCCUCUGUGAUAUAUUUGACCUUUCUGAUUCUGGUACUGAGAUGAGUCCUUCGCCAUGUGAUCCUGUUGACAUUUCUGUUUCUGCUACCUUGACUCUCCGUCGCAUUCUUAAUCUUGAUGAUACUGAUAAUUGA